CUUUCUAAUGUCCCUUCCUGUUCCCAUUUAUCUUCUACAAAGUAUGAAAGUAAAGUGAAAGUCGGCCUCGAUGUGGGCAGUUACAUGCAUAUGAGUUCCCAGUGUGCUCACCUGUGCGUGCCCACGCAAAGACAAAAGAAGGCUAUGAGGUGGUUUCCUCAGCUGUUGUCUUACAGGCAGACAAAACCCUUGAGACAGGGUUUGUCACUGAGCGACAAGCUCACUGUUUCAGCCAGGCCAGCUGGCCAGUGAGCUCUGGGAUCCCCCAUCUGUGCCCCACAUUGUUAGGGGUUCAGGCAUUUACAGUCAUGCCAAGCAUUUUCUUUGAGUCCUUGGGAUCUGAACUCAGGUCCUCACACUGGACGCUCCUACUCAUGGAGCCAUCUUCCCAGUCUCUUCCUAGUUUUCCUUUGUAACAAACCUGCCAUAUGUUCACCAACUUCUAGUUGCUCUCACAGCAAUUAGAGGAGGGUUCUGGUUUUGUUCUCACACUGAGAUCUGGAGAUCAGGGCCCGUGAGCAAAGUCUGGGAACGUUGGUGCUGCUUCUCUGGGAGUCUAGUUCCCAGGUGAGCCACAGGUUGGCUGAGGAGGAUCAGGCUACAGAGUCAGCUGGCCUCCUGCCCCUCUGCCCCACUGAGACCCAUGGAAGAAAGGUUGAAUGGAAAGGGAUGAGGGAUGAGUUUCAACUCUAACUCUGAACUGGUGUGGCUAAAGUUGAUCACCCAAGUAUAAAAACGAUUGCCUGUGCAUGGUGGUAGACUGGCUGAAUAAACCAGACCCAUCCCAACCCCAUAGGCUAAUUACAUGCCCAGGUGCUUCCUAAGUGGGAGACUGCAUGUUUUUAAUCUCAUGACGAUUUCCCAUGCCCUCUUAUUUGUUCUGGGGAUUGAACUUGGAGCCUUAAACAUGCUAGGCAAACGGAGCCAUAUCCUUCAACUAUGUUCUUAGUGAUUAUUUCUGUCAUUCCAUUAUUUCUUCUGGGAGAAGAGGACACGCAGACUCAGUUUUUAAUGCCCUCCCCUAAAUGAACUCUACAUGCUCGUGGAAUCGAGAACCGAAUCAGGGGCUCAAGGAAGGCAUCUGCCUCCUGCCAACACACAUGUAGAAGGGCCUUCCAUUUCUCCUUUUCUAGGGGGAAAGAAUUAUAGUGACGCAGACACGUCUAGUGAACUUAAACUUUUAAAGCGAAGGCUUCAACAGGAGUCCUGAGGAAGGGGGGUUGGGGAGGAAAGAGGACCCAGCCCAGGGCCUUCUCCACUGGCAGAUGGGCCCGCAGUCGGGAUGCAGGCCAAUGAGCACUGGGGAUGGAGCUGGCUCUGCCUCCCUGGCUGGUGAGUCAGGCCAGCCCUGCAGGUAAGUGAGUCAGUCCUCAGGGCUGCCCAGAUAACAGCUGUGGGCCCCUGAAGGAUUCGCUUACAAUUCUGUCAAGAGUUGUUUGUCUUUUAUCAUGCUGUGCUGCUGUUUCUAAUGGCCCUUCUCUCCACCCCCUCCCCCUUUCUUUCUCUCUGUUCUGAUGUCAUAUCUUGAAUCCACCACUAAAGGUUCUGUCUCCCCCACGCCUUCCUUUCCCUCAAGAGGACGGCUUUGCAUGGCAAUCCCCCACCAUCCACCGCAACUACAAGGAUUCCCUUUACAUGAGCUCACCGAAGCCCUACAUCCCACCCAGCACCCCCAGCCAACAGAACCCCUCACUGCCUCCGCCCAUCUCUGUUCCCCUGGGAGCUAGGUUGGCUCCCCCAAAUGCAUCAUGUUCUGGUUCAUUGCUUUUGGGGUCCAUGGGCCUUGAUGUGCCCUCCCAACCCCAGCAACAUUAUAUGGGAUCCAGAUUAGUGUAUAGUAAGAAUGUGAGCUCUAACCCACGUCAUGAGGCCAUAGGGAAUAAACAGGUCAGCAGCUUAUAUGUCCCGUGUUUAUCCAAUAACAUUUGCUGGGCAACGUCGGAAAACUACUCUCCUGUUGCACGUGACUCAGCCCAAGACACUCCCUCGGAGGCUGCAGGCACCCAGGCACCAGCUCCCAGCCAUGUCCCUGGCACAGUCACAGCCAGCACUGGAAAACCACCCCCUGCUCCUCCUCCUGACCCUCCCAAGCUAUCCUUUAACAACCACAAAGAUGCCGGUAACCGCGGUGAGAAUCCCACACUGGGGACAUGGGCCUCAUUCCCAGAUGCAGUGAGGCCUCCCAGACUAGGCCCCCAGGUUACCUCUGAUUCCGAAAACCAGAAGAACAAAGAAACUUACCUUUUGCAGCCGUGUUAUCCAGCCAAGGGCGGUCCUUUACUAAAUGAAGUUUCUUCUUCCCACAUUGACACUGAUUCCCAAGCCUUCCCUCCAACAAGCAAACCUUCGUCUGCCUACCCUUCCACCACAAUUGUCAACCCUACCAUUGUGCUCUUGCAGCACAACCGAGAACAGCAAAAACGACUCAGUAGUCUUUCAGAUCCCGCCUCAGAGAGAAGAGUGGGUGAGCAGGACCCAGUGCCAACCCCGGCAGAACUCACCUCGCCCAUCAGGGCUGCGGAGAGGAGAGCCAAGGAUGACAGCAGACGGGUGGUGAGGAGUGCGCAGGACCUAAGCAGUGUGUCUAUGGAUGAAGUGGGCAUCCCACUCCGGAAUACCGAGAGAUCGAAAGACUGGUACAAAACUAUGUUUAAACAGAUCCACAAGCUGAACAGAGACACUCCUGAGGAAAACCCUUAUUUCCCUACGUACAAAUUCCCUGAGCUUCCUGAAAUCCAGCAGAACUCUGAAGAGGACAACCCUUACACUCCUACCUACCAGUUUCCUGCUUCCACUCCUAGUCCUAAGUCAGAAGAUGAUGAUUCUGACCUGCACUCUCCUCGAUACUCCUUUUCUGAAGACACAAAGUCUCCCCUUUCUGUGCCUCGCUCAAAAAGUGAGAUGAACUACAUUGACGGGGAGAAAGUGGUCAAGAGGUCUGCCACACUCCCCCUCCCAGCCCGCUCCUCCUCACUCAAGUCCAGCCCGGAGAGAAACGACUGGGAGCCCCCAGAUAAGAAAGUGGAUACGAGAAAAUACCGAGCAGAGCCCAAAAGCAUUUAUGAGUAUCAGCCCGGCAAGUCUUCCGUCCUGACCAAUGAGAAGAUGAGUCGGGAUAUAAGCCCAGAAGAGAUAGAUUUAAAGAAUGAACCUUGGUAUAAAUUCUUUUCGGAAUUGGAGUUUGGGAGACCGCCUCCUAAAAAGAUAUGGGACUAUACUCCUGGAGACUGCUCUAUCCUUCCUAGAGGGGAUAGAAAGAGCUCAGCAGUCAGCCCGACUCCAGACAUUACGUCAGAGCCUCCUGGAUAUAUAUACUCCUCCGACUUCCAUGCAGUGAAGAGAGAAUCAGAUGGGACCCCCGGGGGUCUCGCUAGCUUGGAGAACGAGAGGCAGAUUUAUAAAAGUGUCUUGGAAGGUGGUGACAUCCCUCUUCAGGGCCUGAGUGGGCUCAAGCGACCUUCCAGCUCAGCGUCUACUAAAGUGGAUCGUAAAGGCGGGAAUGCUCACAUGAUUUCUUCAUCAUCAGUUCAUAGCCGAACGUUUCACACUAGCAAUGCUUUAGGCCCCGGGUGUAAGCACAAGAAACCCCUGUCGGCUGCGAAAGCCUGCAUUUCGGAGAUCCUUCCUUCCAAAUUCAAACCCAGGCUCUCUGCUCCCAGCGCUCUUUUGCAGGAACAGAAGAGCGUCCUGUUACCCUCAGAGAAGGCUCAGAGCUGUGAGAACCUUUGUGUUUCUUUGAAUGAUUCCAAAAGAGGCCUCCCGCUCCGUGUUGGGGGGAGCAUCGAGAACCUACUCAUGCGCUCCCGGCGGGAUUACGACAGCAAGUCCAGCAGCACCAUGAGCCUACAGGAGUACAGCACCAGCUCCAGGAGGCCUUGCCCUCUCUCCAGAAAGGCUGGACUGCAUUUCUCCAUGUUCUACCGGGACAUGCACCAGAUCAACCGAGCUGGCCUCUCCUUAGGCUCCAUCUCCUCCUCGAGUGUGCGAGAUCUUGCCUCCCACUUUGAAAGGAGCAGUCUGUCGUUAGCCAGGGGUGAGCUGGGCGCUAGCCAAGAGGGCUCAGAACAUAUCCCCAAGCACACAGUGUCCUCCCGUAUCACGGCCUUUGAGCAGCUCAUUCAGCGGUCUCGGUCCAUGCCAUCCCUGGACUUCUCUGGCAGGCUAAGCAAGUCCCCGACACCUGUGCUCUCUAGAAGCGGCCUGACCUCAGCUCGUUCAGCAGAAUCCCUCCUCGAGUCUACCAAGCUCCGUCCCAGAGAGAUGGACGGGAUGGACUCCGGAGGGGUCUAUUCGUCUCCCACGUGUAGCAAUAUGGCGGACCACGCCUUGAGCUUCCGGAGCCUUGCGCCCUCUGAGCCCCUUUCCAUCUGCUCGGAUGAGCUAGACCACUGCUCAAAUGUUUCUAAUGACAGCAGGGAGGGCAGCGGGGGCAGUGUUCAUGGGGACUUCCCCAAACAUCGCCUCAACAAGUGCAAGGGCACCUGCCCGGCUUCGUACACCCGGUUCACCACUAUCCGGAAGCAUGAGCAGCAGUCCUCCAGGCAGCCAGACUGGCGCUCGGAUUCCAGGGGGGACAGGAACAGUCUCCUCAGAAACAUCUACCUGAUGGGCCCCCUCCCUUUUCGAUUGAAAAAGCCCCUUCAACAGCACCCCAGACAGCCUCCCCACGAUGACUCCUCAGGGUGCCCUGCUGGCCAGAAGGCAGACCUUCCCUGCCAGGGCCCUCAGGACCAGCCCCACUCUGCGGGGAAACCCAUGGUCCCCACUCGCCUGUCUUCCCGACACACCAUGGCCAGGCUUAGCCACAACUCAGAGCCCCCUCUGGACAGAUCCGCAGGCCUGGAGGAUUGCACAAGGGCUGUUAAUAACGGGAACCCCGUGCCCUACUCAGACCAUGCCUUGGACAGGAACAACAAUCCACAAAGUGAACUGGCAGCAGCCCAUGGAGAUUCAGAGUCACCAAGACAUUUUAUACCAGCUGAUUACUUGGAGUCCACAGAAGAAUUUAUCCGGAGACGGCAUGAUGAUAAAGAGAAACUUUUAGCGGACCAGAGACGACUUAAGCGCGAGCAAGAAGAGGCCGAUAUUGCAGCUCGCCGCCACACAGGUGUCAUCCCGACUCAUCAUCAGUUUAUCACUAAUGAGCGCUUUGGGGACCUCCUCAAUAUAGAUGACACUGCAAAAAGGAAAUCUGGGUUAGAGAUGAGACCUGCCCGAGCCAAAUUUGACUUUAAAGCUCAGACACUGAAGGAGCUGCCUCUGCAGAAGGGAGAUAUUGUUUACAUCUAUAAACAGAUCGAUCAGAACUGGUAUGAAGGCGAACACCAUGGCCGGGUGGGAAUCUUCCCACGCACCUAUAUCGAGCUUCUUCCUCCAGCUGAGAAGGCUCAGCCCAGAAAGUUGGCGCCCGUACAGGUCUUGGAAUAUGGAGAAGCCAUUGCGAAGUUUAACUUUAAUGGUGAUACACAAGUAGAAAUGUCUUUCCGAAAGGGGGAGAGGAUCACGCUGCUCCGGCAGGUGGAUGAGAACUGGUACGAAGGGAGGAUUCCUGGCACUUCCCGCCAAGGCAUUUUCCCUAUCACCUAUGUAGAUGUGCUUAAGAGGCCAUUGGUGAAAACCCCCGUGGAUUACAUCGAUCUGCCUUAUUCUUCUUCCCCAAGUCGCAGUGCCACCGUGAGCCCACAGUGCACUAGUCACAGCAAGCUCAUCAUGCCAGCCCCUUCAUCUCUACCCCACCCCCGCCGAGCCCUGUCCCCCGAGAUGCACGCCAUCACCUCUGAGUGGAUCUCUCUGACUGUUGGGGUCCCGGGCAGGCGUUCUCUGGCCAUGACACCACCCUUGCCUCCACUGCCUGAGGCUCCUGUGUAUGACAUGGACCGUUUGGCCUUGUCAGCGAGGGCCCGCCCCUCCUUGCCACUCAGUCUUCCCUAUUCCGGUUGGUCAGAUCACUCCACCCUGUGCUCAGUGGUCUCCCCGAUGGCACUGCCUCCACCCCACAAAGCCUACUCACUGGUACCCAGUGCCCAGGCUCCUCUUCACGUCAAUGGAGACGGUGGUAUUCACAUUCGCCAAGAUGGCUUCUCCCAGCCACCACUUGGGAACUCCGAUAGGGUCAUCUCAGAGCUUAGUGACGCCUUUAGCAGCCAGAGCAAGAGACAGCCCUGGCGAGAAGAUGGACCAUAUGACAGGAAAGCAGAGAGCGAGGCAGGUGAGAGAUGCCCUGGUGGACCCAAGAUCUCUAAGAAGAGCUGCUUGAGACCUUCAGACGUGGUCAGGUGCCUGAGUUCUGAGCAGAGACUCUCGGAGUUCCACACUCCUGAGGACAGCCAGUCCUUCAAGCCUCUGGGUAGCCCUUUCCCAGCAUGGGAGGCUGGGCCACCAGAGCUUCACAGAGGUGUCGAGGCUGACAGGAAGGCUGCUCAGAGUGGUGUAAGCCAGCCUUCUCAUCAUUCAUUGAGCGCAGGACCUGAUCUCACAGAAUCUGAAAAGAACUAUGUGGAAGCGGUUUGCAAUGAGAUCAUAAACAUUGCUGAGAAAUCUGUUCACUACUGCAGCACUGUCUCUCAUCCCCUUGGCUUCCAUCACAAGGUUCCCCCUUCUGACAAUAAAUCAUCUUUAAUCAUUUCUCAGCAACCUCAAGCCCAGCAGCGAAGACUCACCCCUGACAGGAGUCAGCCCUCACAGGAUUUAUGUAGCUACCAAGCGUUAUAUAGUUACGUGCCACAGAACGAUGAUGAGUUGGAACUCCGAGAUGGAGAUAUUGUCGAUGUCAUGGAAAAAUGUGACGACGGCUGGUUUGUUGGCACUUCGAGAAGGACGAGGCAGUUUGGCACUUUUCCAGGCAACUAUGUAAAACCUUUAUAUCUAUAAGAAGACUGAAAAGCACAGAGAUUAUUUUUUAUCAGAAGAUGAAGCAUCAUUCAUGAACUGGUCUCUUUAUUUAAAUAUCGAGUCAGUAGGAAAACGAAAUCAGUUGGUAAAGAAAGAAUUCAAAGAGAGGAACAGAGAAGUAUGUCUAAAAACCACCGUGUAUCAGGGACUGACUAUCUGCUGAAGACAUCUGUAUUUACAUGGCUGCUUCUGGGAGUUGCUCUAGCCCCUGCUGCUUAUGGAAUCUGAUCUGGAGUAGUGUCCAUGAGCAACAUUAGCCAAAAAAUGUGUCCGGUCUUUACCCAUUCCCAUUUCAAAAGGGGUCCGUUGGGGCUGGAUAAGUCAGUCCCUGUCCAUGUUCCACAGGUCCCAAGCCUGAGCAUCAUUGGCAACUCCUGCCUCUAUUCCUGGCUACCCCAGAGCCUGCAGACCUCAAGGGACACUAGAGGCCGGUCUGGGUUGUUGAAGUUUUCCUUCAGACCUUGACGAGGUCCAGGUAAAGAAAUGGUGCAGACCAGGUGCCCUAGCCCCCAGCUUCUGGGUGAUAUCACCCUUUACUGCCCUGAUGUUCAGACAGAAAACUGACUGUCCUGAGCUUGGGAGCAGGUGGCCAGGUAGAUCAGAUGGGUUAUAUUUGUGUUUCCAUGUGAUGAAGCCACCUUGGGGCUCUGCAAGUCACUUGGAGUGUGUCCUUCCCUGGUCACUACCACUGGCUAGCCAGGGUUGGCUGUGCCUUUCUUCUUUGGUUUAGUAUGGGCUUGAUACACUUGAGCCCAUAGGCUACAGCCUGGUCUCCAGUAGCUCUCUUAGCAUUCGUAGAUGCAAGCUGGCUGCAGGGCCACCAUGAGUAAGACACUCCCAGACCCAGGAGGGACUCUGGGCCUCCUGUGUUGCCUGUGGAGUUUGAAUGCCACCCAGAAUGUUGUCUUCUCUUGUCCUUCCCCUGCUUCCUCUCCACCCCAGGCCUGGGAGUCCUGGUGCACAUAGUGAGGCCUCCAUUCAGAACUCAAGUAUUACACACCGGCCUGGGUAUGAGGCAGCAAUUCUCCUCCUGGUGGUAGCCGUAAGUCUGUCCUCUGUGAGCCCUGGUUGUGAGGAGGGGACCCUUUGACACCUGGGUCACCACUCUGAUUUCUCUGUUAGAUCCCUAGUUGACACAAAGAUAAGUGUGGCCUCUUCCCAAAGCUGAGCCUGCCAGGGCCUCAGCUGAGUGGACAACACAGGAGAAGAAGCCCAAUCUAGAGAGACUGUGAUACGUGCAGAGGGUGUGAGGAAGGGAUGUUUUUCUCCUGAGGGGACACUAGAAAGCGGUCAGGUUUUCCGCUCCCAUAGCUCACUUCUAAACAACUGGGAUGCUGGGAGAACCCUUGUCUGAGGGUAGUUUGUGUCUGGAAAUACUGAGAAUUUUUUUCCAGACCCAUAAAUACAUGUACAAGGUCACAAAUACCAGAUUGUGGGUGAUGGGGUAUACACUGGAACCCUGACUCUCUGCAUGUAGUUCAGAGUCACCCUAAGCACUAUCCCAAAGUCUGGAGUCUUCACAAGUCGGCAACAUUUGUCUUCAGUGACCACCUACUGCCGUAGAUAUAGCAUGGGACCCUAAUUUCCCACCUCCGCCAUCACCCGUCAGCCAUAAUUCUCUGAGGAGGUUCUUUUCCUCGGGAAAGAAACCGCCACGCAUUGAUUCGCACUGAAAUGUAAAUGGUGAUGGGGAAAUAAAUGUGUUGCCUCUUCCGGAAGACAAGACUUUAACUGAGACAGAGCAGAGCCUUUAGUCCCAAGGGAAAAUGGAAUGGAACUGAAGGGGUAGAAGCUGCCUGGACAGAAAGACCUAUUGCUUUGCAAGCUCAGUUUCCUCAGCCAACUGCACUGCUUUCUUUGUUUUACUUUGCCCCUCUCGAAGGGGACAUAGGAAAAGUAAAUUACAAUGCACAUGUCCUUUUACUCACUCGGGAUGCAGUUGCUCUCUCUCCUAGAUGCCAACCAUGACUAGCGUGAUUGUAUCUAAAUUUCCUGAGGGGCGUUUUUUUUGUUUUGAUGAAGUAGGUAAUGUUAAACACCCCUUUAAAUACAGCUAGAAAAUAAAACCAUUUUAUAAAAGCCACCCUUGCAUCCCCUGCGAGCCUCCCACAGAGCAUUUUUCCAAAUCCAGGUAUACCCACCAUCUUUAGUCAGAUCUCUCCCGCUUCCGACGUAUGAAAAAAAAAAAAAAAAAAAAAAAAAAAAGAACCAGGAGAGCGGAGGUUCCCAACUACUCUUUUGUCUUCAGACAUUUAGUAAUAUAAAAUACCUAUUUUUAUGCUGAAAUGUUUAUACAGGUUUAUUAACAGCAAGCGCAACUAACUGGCGGCGUGCCGUGCAACCCAUUUUGAUAUAUUAGCCGUGCUUCCAGGUAAAGGCAAGCCCCCAGCUACUCACCUUUUGCAGUCUCUCUCUGGAAUCAGUAAAAAGAAAAGAAAAAAAAAAUCACGUUUGAGAAGUGGGACUGUAAAUAUGUAAUGUAUGUUUAACUUUGUGGAGCCCAUGUACCUACCUUGUAUAGAAGAAAUAAUUUUUAAAAGUUGAGCAGAAAGGGAGUAAAAUGAAGUCACAAAGGGUCCCCCUCCCCCCCAACACGUUUAUUUAAAUGAAGGAAUUUCGAAUAAUUCACCUGCAGACCUUUAGCACAAAAAUAGUCCUGGGAAAUUGUUAACAUAUUCACUCAUUCUCUGGGGAAGAGAAGACAGCUAUCAUAUCAUAUUUGCAGUUUUACGUUUGCAGUCCUAUUUAUCUGCAGUAGUAUUAAGUCACAUUGCUGGAAUAGGUUACUACCAAAAAAGAAGACAUUAUUGAGAGAAAAAAACAAAACCGAUCUAUGUAACCUAUUAGAGUAUUGCAUUUAAAUUGCACACCAAGCACGUGUACUACGCAGACACAGGUUUUUCUGUUCAUUUAUUGUUUUUCCUUACUGCCGUGGAUUGAUUUGAUAGACAUGUUGAAUUACUACUUCGCUGUACAUAUUAUUUAAUAAACUUUAUUCGGAAUUGCGUGGCACCUU